CACUACAUUUUAAUAUAUUUCUGAAAAGAUACUUCUUUUCUAUCUCUUCAUUUAAUAUGUCUGUCUACAUGACAAAACUGAUAUCUCCCAGUUUAACAUUCUGCUAAUCCGGAAGUCAACACUUAUUCAUAUUCUUGUGAUCUCAAAAACACCUGCUAUUGCUGUGAACAAGUACACAUAAUUGGUUCAUUGUAUUUGUAAUACAGCGUAUAUUUUCAUUAUAAAGUCCCAGCUCUGUUGACAGGUUUAAGCUUUCCACUCCCAACACACACACAAUCCUUAGCAGUUAAGUCCGUGUAGUUGUUUCAAAUAUCCUCUCCACUAAUGCCCGCCAAUAUUUCCACCUCUGUCUUAGAUAAAUGCACCGCAUCCAUAACAGCAUUUGAAAAUUUAAUAUAAUUUGUCCCAGCUUUAUGUUAGACCUGACACACUGGAGGGCCACAUCCAACUGAACUUCAGAACUUUGGGACGCAAUGCUCCAGAGGUCACUUUCAUGGGACGUAACGCCCCAGAGGUUACUUUCAUGGGACGCAACGCCCCAGAGGUCACUUUCAUGGGACGCAACGCCCCAGAGAUCACUUUCAUGGAACGCAACGCCCCAGAGGUCACUUACUCUGUAGUUUGUGGCUGAAAUUUAGGCACCAGAUGAGAGUUUUGGUGAAAGUAGGUUACACCUUCGAUGUCCGCCUUCUCCUAUGGAAGUUUCACCUUCCUAAAUAAUAACUUUGCUCUUUACCUUCCCAUUUUCUUUCUUCCUUACAUCACCCUCCCUACAUUUCUCUUCCUCGUGUCCACUGGUACUCAUCCCAGGUGUUUAUGAUGCGGACAUGGAGGUGGCUGCGGGUGUCGUUCUUCGGUUCUCGACUUGUGGCAGGUCGGGGAAACUCAAACCUCCACACACCCUCUCACACCAAGCUGGCUCCGGACACCAAGCUGGCUUUCAAUACGAAGGUGGCUCUCCCCCUUCCUACCAGACCUUCUUUCAAGAUGAUACGGUACCAGAUGCCUCUCAAAGGUGAGGACGACUUGGGAAAUAUUGGUCGACGAGGAGUCCCAGUCGUGAUCGAACUUGGUGUUGGAGACGAAGGCGUUGACGAGCUGGCCACGCCACCUCCAUCACCACCACGCUCCAAGGACACUCUCACCAGGGUGCUGCAGGCCAAGGAGGUCGUGGAGAUCUUCACAGAUUCUGGCACUGCUUCCAAGAACACUCCGACGUCCCACUGUGGUGACUCAGGUCCCACCAAGACCCAUAAACACUACCUCGGUGGAGGCCGAGCCACACCGGCGUCACCUGUUGUACUGUGUAGGAGACACUCUUGGGGUUGUGUCCAGGACGCGAGCACCGCUAAGCGCUACCGCACCCAGAGCACCCAGACCUUCACAGACAGGGGCAGACCACCCACCACUGAUGCCUGUGGCAACCACUACCACAACCAUGACUACUCCCAGCAGCAUACAACUGAAGACAACUCCCGCAGCCACGACCACCAACGAAACCAAGGCGCCCCACGUCACCUCCAGGAGCACUCCGUCUCCUACUACACCCGUCUUCCAGAGUUCUGUCCCGAUCCGUACCUCGAUGUUUACACGAACGACGAGGAUGACUCAGUGUUCAUAAUGACCAGUGACUUUACCCCUUUGAAAACUGUCCCCAGUGACCUUACCAACAAAACUAACGGUGUGUUUACAUUCAUCAGUCAUCCGGGAGCUGUGAAAAACACAGAGCCACAAGAUCUUUGCUAACACACAUUCUUCUGAAUCACCAAACAGAUCUAGACUUAACUCAAAAUACACAUGUUAGCAACAGCCUAUCCUGAAUACAACGAUCACCACAUACUGAAAAUACAUAUAAUUGCCAACGUUGUGAAUGAUUACAAAAUUCAUUUAAUUCGUACGAGGAGGAACGGUUGUUGCUUAGAAUGGAUUUAUUCCCGUUGUUUGCAAGUCAGCUGAGUCAGGAUUCACAUUUAUUAAACAGUUUGCGAGCUUGGAAACUUCACAACCCAUGGUACAGACAACCUCGUAGUUGACCAAACCACACACUAGAAAG